GAGAGAGGAACAAAACAAAAACCUCAAACCAAAAAAGCACGGUAAUCUGCUGCUGCGCGAGCUUUGCGGAAGUGGAACCCAGCGUGCGCGGUGUUGUGUUUAAUCCGGUGACCGGUUCCGACUCAUAUGGGCCUGCGGAGGAUCACGUGUUUGUUUGUUGGACGGUGAUUCGAACCGAACGUCACUCGUCAUGUGUCAUAGAACCCCAAAGGAAAGCUUCGAGCUGUGGGGCAGGCCGAAGGAUGGCUACACAACAGAGUCUUUGCUUGGCUCAACGGUCACCCAGCGGACGUUUGACUAUAUUCUGGUGGCCCACAACAUCGGUGAGGAUGUGGACUACCAGAAGGCUCAGAGGCGAAAAGACUUUAUUCAACAACUGAAAAAGAAGAACGUCCGCGUCACUAAAAUCAUCCAUGAUGACAAGAUUUUUUUUGGACUUCGUGCCCCAAAAGAAAUGUUUGAAGAUUACCAGUACCUGUUGAAAGUCUCAGACUCCUGCAACUGGUGUGGAGAUUUAAGAGGCAGUAUGCUGCAGUCGACACGGAUCCGUAUCAUCCAUUACAUCCUGUGUUACACAUACCCACAGCCCAUUUUCAGUGUGGAACAGCUUGUGAUGGAACACUUUUUUGUGGAAAUUUCUUGUGUCCACUCAAGGAAGAAGCAGCACAUCUUAAAGAAGAAAUGGGCUCGAUGGUCGGGUCUGUUCAACUGCCAGCCGGUCAACGAAGUCAAGUGUUACUUUGGGGAGAAGGUGGCGCUGUACUACCUGUGGCUGGGCUGGUACACCAUGCUGUUGAUUCCUGCGGCUGUGCUCGGUGUUAUUGUGUUUUUGUACGGCCUGGCCUUUUUCAACACCAGCCCUCUUAUUACGGAGGUCUGUGACUCAGACAUUGUCAUGUGUCCUCGCUGUGACAAAAUGUGUCCGGCGUGGAAGCUUUCGGACACCUGCAUCUAUGCUAAGGUGAGCCAUCUGUUUGACAAUGAAGGCACCGUGGCAUUUGCUAUGUUCAUGGCUAUCUGGGCAACACUGUUCCUGGAGCUGUGGAAGAGACACAGAGUCAGAUAUGUGUCUCUGUGGAAAGUCUAUGACUGGUGUGAGGAGGAGGAGGAAUUGAUCCUGGGGAUAGUCAAUGAUCCGGACUGUAAACCCAAGGAGUUUCGACACUCUUACCUCCGCAGCACUCUGGUUCUGAUUCUGGUCACACUCAUGCUGAUGCUGAUCAUCGGUCUUGCUCAUGCCUUGGUGGUGUUUCGAGUGGUAGCCGCCCCCUUGAUGUCUGAGGGUGAUUGGAAGUUCAUGAGCGACCACGCUACCACUGUGGCUGUGCUACUGGGAGCCGUCCUGCACUAUGUCACAAUCCAGAUUAUGACCCGAGUUAACAGAUGGGUUUCCCUCAAGCUGUGUGAUAUCGAGGAGACGCGAUCAUUGGCCGCCACAGAACGAAGCUUCACCGUCAAGAUGUUCACCUUCCAGUUCUUUACUCUGUUCUCCUCGCUCUUCUACGUGGCCUUCUUCCUGGGCAGAAUAAAUGGACAUCCAGGAAGAUACGCACGGAUUGCUGGAUGGAGACUGGAGGAGUGCCACCCCAGCGGUUGUUUGACAGACCUGUUCAUCCAGAUGGCUGUGAUCAUGGUGCUCAAACAGACGCUCAACAACAUCUUUGAGUUCACUGUGCCAUGGGUGAAACGCUGCUUCAGGAGAGAGACCGCAAAGGCGCUGCGCAGGAAGUGUGGCCACUGUUACAGGAAGGCCUGCCGCGAGGGACACGGACGUGUGGAACAGUGCGACCUUUGCAAACUGUCUGACUGGCUGCGUAACUACCAACUUGUCGAAACUGAUGCCUUCACCCUGUUCAAUGAGUUCCUGGAGAUGGUGAUUCAGUUCAGUUUCACCACCAUAUUUGUGGCGGCGUUCCCGCUUGCUCCCUUGCUGGCUCUGAUCAACAACAUCUUUGAGAUUCGUCUUGAUGCCAUCAAGAUGGUACGCUUGGAGCGACGGCUGGUGCCCAAGAAAACCAAUGACAUUGGUAUCUGGACAAAGGUUUUGGAGGCCAUUGGUGUGCUGGCCGUCAUUGCUAAUGGCCUGGUCAUUGGGAUUUCGUCAGACUUCAUUCCUCGCCUUGUCUAUCACUACCGUUACGGACCAUGUGCUAUGGGAGAAACAAACCUACAUUGCAUGCAGGGCUACAUUAACAACACACUCUCAACGGCCUACAUGACAAACCCGUCCGUUCGGCAGGACUUCCUUCCUUCUAUGAUGGUGACCGCGCACAACUCCACCAUUACACAGUGCAGCUACAGAGACUACAGGAACAGUGAUGACUACAAUCUGACCUCUCAGUUUUGGUUGGUGUUAGCCACGCGCUUUGCCUUCGUUGUCCUGUUCGAGCAUGUUGUGGUGGUGUGUAAGUUUAUAGCUGCCUGGUUCGUCCCUAACAGUCCAACGCGAGUGAAGAACGAACGGCUACAUGACAAACUGGAACGGCUGAAGGAGGAGCUACAAGAACGAAAAAGCUGCUGUCAGUCGACAGAGGUGUAAUGCUGCAGCCGCCUCGGGUCGUUGCCGUGACAUCCUCCUCUCAUCCUGGCGGGAAGGUGGCCCACAGUGGCUUAGUAUUUCUGGACCGUGUCUCUGUUUCUUGUCCUCUUGUCUCCUUUGCUCUUGCUGGCAUGUAUGUCAUCGAGCAGCUGAGACACGAAAAAUAAUUAUUUUUUGACAAUAAAAUUUUUUUUUUUAUGUUAACGUGAAAAUGUUUUACGUCGGCUCUUAUUGUUAUCAGACAGUGAAAACAGGAUCCAGUUCUCCCAGUGUGAGGAAACACUGAGUGUACGGAUGCUCUAGACAUCGUUAUCCACAUUCUUCACAAACUGAUCUGUCUGUUAUGUCCCAUAUUAUUAUUAUUAUUAUUAUUAAAAAAAAACACUCAUUAGUGCACCAGAAUACUGUCAGGGACUGGGCCCGGUCAGGGCGCUAAGCCCUUGAUUUUCCUCUUUUCAUGGUUUCCCGUCUGCUGCAGCUUUGAUUUAUUACUAUUUAUUUUCAUCAUGAUUUAUUCUGUCAUGUUUUUUUGUCACUAUGUUCUUGUUACUAUUCACUAAUCAUAUUAUUUUCAUCAUAUGGUUAUUCUCAGUUCUGCUUUUGUUACUUUCAUCAUGUGUUUAUCCUACAUUCUAAUUUUGCUUUGUCACUUUCCUUGUUACAUUUAUAUUCUGAUCAUGUCUCAGUUCCUUUCUAUUAAUCUGUGUUUUCAUAGUUGAUCAUUUAGUUAUCAUUUGAUCAUUUAUGCUGUUCUCAUUUCUGUUUGCACUUUGUGUGGUUUUGUUUCUUUUCUACUUAGAGUUUAUGUCUGCCUGU